ACCCAUGGUCUCGAUUUCCUGUACAUAUUAACUUUUUUGGAUUUCUCAGAUGAUGACUGAAAAUGUCUCUGUGCUUAUUUCUCAACAAAUCUCAAUUUGCGUUUUGUAGAAAUUCAUCUUUUUAAUUACCUCUUUCUCAAUUGUAUUUAGUUGGCAAUAAUUCAGAAUAGCAAUUGUAUUUGAAGGUGGGCUCUAAUUUGAUUGUUUAGAGCCUCGGCUCUAUACAUACCGCACCCUGCUCCAAACAUAGAUUUCUGACUAUCGAGAUUUUCUUGAAUCACAUGAUAUUGUUGUUCGUUACCCUGGGGUUGAUUAUAUCAUGAUCAUCUGAUAAUGCUACUCCAGCCACAACAGAAUGUUUGGUUGAAGCCAAGUGGACAGAUUCACUUUGUGCUUCUUAUAAGUCGACAAGGCAAGGUUAGGCUGACAAAAUGGUAUUCUCCUUAUUCCCAGAAGGAAAGAACCAAGGUGAUUCGAGAGCUCAGCGGCGUGAUUCUUACACGUGGCCCCAAGCUCUGUAAUUUUGUUGAGUGGAGGGGAUUAAAGGUUGUAUAUAAGAGAUAUGCGAGUCUUUACUUCUGCAUGUGCAUAGAUGCUGAUGACAAUGAACUGGAGAUUCUCGAAAUAAUUCACCAUUUUGUUGAAAUACUCGACCGUUACUUCGGCAGUGUUUGUGAAUUGGACCUAAUCUUCAAUUUUCACAAGGCAUUCUACAUUCUGGAUGAGACUUUAAUUGCUGGUGAACUCCAGGAGUCUAGCAAGAAAACAGUUGCACGGUUAAUAGCUGCACAGGAUUUAUUGGUGGAGAAUGCCAAAGAGCAAGCCAGUUCUAUUACCAAUAUGAUUGCACAGGCGACAAAAUAGAGAUAUUGUGCUACAAUAAUCUCUCUUUCUCUCUCUCUCUCACACACACACACACAUUCAUGUGACAAAAUAGAGACUGUAUGCCAUACUAUUUUGCAUCUUUCCAGAUAUUGUUCGUGUUCUUGCUAUCUUCCCAGAUAUUGGUUGCUCAUCAUUUGUAUUUGUAUAUCUAACUUUCAUGAAUCAAUGGAAUACCACGUGUUCUGAUUUCC